AAUUAAUAACUUCAAUACUAUCUGAUAGUGGUUUGCAUUAUACUUACAUUACGACGCUUUUUGAAUUCAAAUUGGCAUAAAAACUGACAUUUGACUAGUCUUGAAAACAGUAGCAAAAAAAACCAGCCGACGCAAAAACGCAAACUAAAAUGUUCGCCAAAAUCGCCGUUUUGACAAUUGUGCUUUUUGCUGUCGUGUAUUCACAAGACAGUGACAAUGGACACGCGGAACAACUGAAGAUGUUCGACAGUUUUUUGACAGGUCUCGAUUUGGAGUUGGACAAAAAAGAAGAAGUUUUGGCUGGCCUUCUGAAGGAAAUUUCCAGCCUUGAAGAGGAGUACAGUUUGAGUGUGGAUGAGUUCGACCGUCUCGAAAAGCAGAAAAGCGAAUUGACCGAAGAAGUUGAAGAAUGCAAAGCAUACUUGGAAGACAUCGAAGCAAUUGAGAGGAAUUAAAAAGAAAAAAAAUCAACUGCUUAUAACUCUCGUAAUUUUGUAAUAUGUCAUCAUUAAAUGUACAAAACCUAACCAAAUAAUUUUAAUAAUUAAACUCAAAUUAAUAAGCGGGUCUAUAAAUUGUGAAAUUGAAUAAGUGAAAAUAAAUAACGGAUCAACCG